UCCAGCCAAACUUCCUGGGGCUCGGAGGGCGGGGGGGCGGCGGCGGCGGCACGGGGGGGGCCCGUGGAGCCCGGCAUCCCGCGACGCCUGCCCGGCCGCAGCCUGCCGAGCCCCCCACGAGCCGCCGGAGCGGGGAGGGAAGAAGACGGAGAGGGGGGGGGGGAAAGAAAAGAGUGACGAGGGAAAAGCAAUUCUAGAUUUGGGUUUUUUUGUUUUGUUUUUUUUUUUAUUAUUUUAUUUAAAGGCAAUUUGGAAAGGGGGAGCUAAAUUAAAGGGGGGAAAAAAGUUUAAAAGUUAAAAGGAAAGGAGGGAAAAAAAACUUUAAAAAGAACAAAAAUCAAGAGGGAGCUUUUUUUUUUUUAAUUUUCUUUUUUUUUUAAGAGGAGGGGGGAAAAAAUUGACGGAGGAAGAAAAAAAUAAUAGUUGCGAAGGGCUUGAUCCGGGAGAACAAUACUAGCCGGGAAAGUUGCUGCGCGGCGGGGAGGGAGCGGCGGGAGGAAAAUGCCGCAGCUGGGCAGCGGCGGCGGGGACGACCUGGGCGCCACGGACGAGAUGCUGGCCUUCAAGGACGAGGGCGAGCAGGAGGAGAAGAUCCCCGAGAACGCCUUCACCGAGCGCGACCUGGCCGACCUCAAGUCCUCGCUGGUGAACGAGUCCGAAGGCAGCGGCAGCCCCGCCGCCUCCGCCGAUCCCGAGGCCCUCCGGCGAGUGCAGGAUCCGCAGAGGGCGUACCAGGAGAAGCUCCCGGACCACAUGGAUGAUGGUAUGAAACAUCAGGACCCGGGAAUGUACAAAGGAUCUGCUUAUUCUGGUUACCCUUUCCUGAUGCUCUCAGAUCCGUAUCUGCCCAAUGGAUCCAUGUCACCUCUGUCCAACAAAGUUCCUGUUGUGCAGCCAUCCCACGGAGUGCACCCUCUCACCCCGCUCAUCCCGUACAGCAACGACCAUUUCAGCCACGGCUCCCACUCGCCCCACUUGCCUGCUGACAUCAACCAGAAACAAGGAGUGCACCGUCCUUCCCAGACCUCAGACAUCCCUGGUUUCUACCCCCUGCCCCCCAGUGGAGUCGGCCAGAUCACGCCGUCGAUGGGAUGGUUCACUCACCCGCUGAUGCUGGGCUCUGGCAUGCACACCACAGGCAUCCCGCACCCCGCCAUUGUGCCCCAUUCCGGCAAGCAAGAGAUGGAGCACUACGACCGAAACAUGAAACCUCAGCCAGAACCAAAGAGAGAGAAGGAAGCCAAGAAGCCCACUAUUAAGAAGCCCCUGAAUGCUUUCAUGUUGUAUAUGAAAGAAAUGCGGGCAAAAGUCAUCGCUGAGUGCACCCUGAAAGAGAGUGCUGCCAUCAACCAGAUCUUGGGAAGGAGGUGGCACGCGCUGUCCCGAGAGGAACAAGCCAAGUACUAUGAACUGGCUCGCAAGGAACGGCAGCUCCACAUGCAGCUCUACCCCGGCUGGUCUGCCAGAGACAACUAUGGGAAAAAGAAGAGACGAACACGAGAAAAGCAGCAAGAUUCCAACUCAGAUCCUGCCUCUCCUAAGAAAUGCAGAGCUCGCUUUGGCCUCAACCAACAAACGGACUGGUGCGGCCCUUGCAGGAGGAAAAAGAAGUGCAUUCGGUACCUACAAGGAGAAGGACGCUGUGCCAGCCCAGUUUCUUCCGAUGGAAGUGCUAUAGACUCCCCUCCAUCCCCACCGGACGCACUCCGAUGCAUCCCCUCCGCCUUCCCGUCAGAGCAGCUCGCAGCCCCCGCCGACCCCGAGCACCGCGACCAGCCCGAGCCUUGCCCCGUGUCCGCGCACCUCCCGCCCGCCUCCGGCCCCUCCAGACCAGGCGCCCGGCGCUCCUCGGCGCCCCCCGCCUACAGCCGCGUCUCCUCGGGGACAUAGUCCCCCGCCAGCUGCUGGCCACACCGGGCACUCCGCUCGCCCACCUGGUUCCACCGCCCCUGGACGAGGACCAGAGGUCCAGCCAAAUCCCCGUAUCACUAUAAAACAUGCGAAGUUUGGCGACGGGAUGACUUAAGGAUGACGGAAAACUCGCUGCGUUGGGUUUUUUUUGGAGGGGAGGGGUGAUAAAGAUAGAAAAGCAAUUUUAGAAAAAAGGUAAAAAAGUACUUGCCAAAAUUUAAAGUGCUGA